AGACUUUAUGCAAAUGGUAAGUAUCUUUAAUAUCUUUAAAUAAACUUAUGAUUCUCAAUAAAGUGAUAUUUUAUAUCAGUUAAAAUGAGUGGCUCGUAUAUAUGUACAAUUUAGGAGAUAUAAGUAACAAAGAUUAUCAUGUGUUUAUUUUUCUCCAAUCCCACUACAAAAGCUCACCUUAUUGGGCUCCACGACAACUAUAAAGUAUCAUGUGUUUAAAAAUGAUGUUUGUUUUUAUCUACUUGCUAUGAUGAGAUCAGGAAGUGAUGAAAGUUAAACUUAUUUGCUUUAUGAGUUGUUAUCCUGAGCGGUUACCUGAGCAACACAAGGUUCUCCAGAAGCACAGUUUCUUAGUAGAUAAGAUGAGGUUUGAAUCCGAAGACACUUACUCUUUCUUACUUUUUGGUGGUGGUGCCUUGCUUACCCUGUGGCUAGCAUCAGCUGUUGUUGGAGCAAUUGAUUCUAUCCCGGUGGGUCAAAUUAUAAAAACUAUUGGGUUUCUUAACAAUUUCUUUCUGUUGGUACUUGAUGCAAAGGUUUUUGUGCCUUCUUACCCAAAAUCUCUGACUGAGUUGAUGGGAAAGUCUUCUAUUUUGCUUAUCAAUGGAAGCUUGCAAAGGAGAAUCCAUGGACUAGUGGGUGGCUUCUUUAAAUCUCCACAGCUCAAGGCUCAAAUCACCAGAGACAUGUACAAGUAUGUUCAAGAAUCUAUGACAAAUUGGAGCCAUGACCGACCCAUCUACAUUCAGGAUGAAACCAAAAAUAAGUUGAGGUACUGAUGGACACUACUCCAGGAGUUGAGGCACCUAUUGACACUAGUACUUUGUAUGAGACACCUACACCUUCACCUUCUAUUCAUCCUGAGCCACUAAAGAAAGAUGUUAAGUGCAAAUUAUACAUUGGGCAAGGUGGUGAUGUUGUGGCUCUUGGACGGGCGGUGGCUACCAAAGGCAAUGUACAUGGGAAAAGUUUAGCACCUGGUAACUAUCAUGUGGUUGUUGAUAGAUGUCUAUAUGGGAGUGCAAAACUACCUGUCUCAGUUGGGGAUGAGAUGACUCUUGUGGUUCAUGCGGUCAACAGUUAUGUUGCUUGGCCAUCGCAUCUGAUCAUUACUUAUGAUCAUGAACAGGAACCCAAGAGACUAAAGAGAAAGAGGAUUUCAGCAGCUUGUCUGCCAACACAAGACCUAAAACAUCCUCCACAACAUCUUCCCACUACUCAAGAAGAGGCAGGAUCAAGUAUGGCCAGUAAGUCGCCGAUUAUCUUCAAGGUUCCCACUGGACUUCCCAUGUUUUUUAAGAUACUUCUAGGUUCAGUUAAGUACGUAGAACCAGGAUUCAUGAUUGGCAUUCUUAUGGAGACCAAUAUUAUGGGCGAACAAUAUACCUUAUAUAUCUCACAUGAGGAUAUAGUACACUUUGGACUUAUGGAAGAAAUCGGCUCGUCUUGCAUUUCAUUCUAUAUCAGUAUAAUACAUUCCGAGUUGUGCGAUAGAGAGAUAUCACACUUUUUUGGUUUCAUUGAGCCAUCGUGGUCAUCGAGAAUUGGGACAAAUAUGGAUAAUCGGGCUGAAAUUAUCUCAGAACGUAUCAAUAACUCAGUAAUGGGUCAAACUUGGUUAAUGCCAUACCAUUUCUUUGUCUCUUCACACAUUAAGCGAAAGACAGGAAGGAAUGAAAAAAAUUACAAGUGGAAAAUAGUCAAUUGCCCUCGUCAAACAUCGUCAGUAGAAUGCGGCUUUUAUAUCAUAAGGAUGAUGAAGGACUAUUGCUUGAAUGAGACACCAAUGCGAUGGCUAACUAGUAAUUGUGGUUGAAAGAAUACAUAUACACUUGGCGAAAUUAAUGAAACUCGAAAUGAAUGGGCAGCCAAGCUUCUUGAGCGGAUGAGUUAUAGCUAGAGUAACUUUUGAAAUCAGAAUUAAAAAAUAUACUAAUUAUAGUAUUUAGUUAGUACUUACAUAGUUAUUCCACGUGUAUAUUUUGAUAUUGUAAUUUUUAGAUUUGGAACAUACUGAGUUCUAUUGAUUUUGUCUGCCUAUUGAUUAUGUUUGAACUAUGUUGUAAUUACACAGGAAAUUAUGAAUGAAUAUAGUGGUUGAAAAUAGAGAAAUGAAAAAAUUCUCAUAUUCUACAUGG